AUGAGGCGAAGUUGUAUAUUAGUUGUUGUUUGUUUGAUGGAAAAAUUGUGCGCAGAGUCGGGAACCGACGUACAGGACGUGUUGACCAAAUUGUUUACAACAGACAAAUAUAACAAGAAAAUACGACCACUUGUGGAUCAAUCAGGGGCAGUACAGAUAAGCGUUGACUUCUUUCUUACAUCAAUCAUAGAUUUCAAUGAUCAAGACGAAAGUUUAAAGACAUCUGGAUUCCUAAGCAUGGAAUGGACGGACGAAUAUCUACAGUGGAACCCGGCUAACUACAACGGGGUGGAUGUUAUAUUUUUACCACAAGACGACAUCUGGCGGCCAGGUGUGUCUCUACGGAAUCCUUACAAGUCCUUCACAGGCCUUGGCUCAGCUUUUCUGAACUUGAGGGUAGAUUCAAGCGGAGGCGUCGAAUGGUACCCAUUUCAGGUGUUCGAAUCUACUUGUGACGUAGACAUCACAUAUUUCCCCUUCGACACUCAAUCUUGUGAGCUCAAAUUUAUUGCAUGGAGUUAUUCAAAAGAGGAAGUGGAGUUAAACAAAGGCAGCAGAGGGCUGCGAUUGGCAACACGAAUUGUUGAGGAAUUUCCGAUCAACAAGUUUUACAAGACCAUUUACAAGGUCUCCAUGUUUCUACAAUGCAGAAAGCAGAAAAAUAAAGUGAAACCUUUGAAGUUACCUGAUAAGAAAGCGAAAGAUAAACUUAAGAAGGAGGACGAGUUUGACUCAGAAAGAAAGAAGUGUAAGUUAACAUGGAUGAAAGUUUCACCUGAAGAGGAUUAUAAACACGUAGGGGAUAAGAUAACAUAG